GCUUCAGAGCUCUGCCGCACGAGGCUGUGGAGCGGCGCGAAUGGAACGGGAAGGGAAACGGAGGGUGUCUGUGCCGAAAGUGGAGUGACCAGAGAUACCUGAGGGACCUGAGGUGGUGACCUUGCGUGAACCCUGCUCAGCCAGAAGUCGCUCUUCCGGGCUCGGACACUGGAUCGCCAGGCCUACCCUGCGCUCUUCCUCCUCCCAGCUCCAUAGCUCCUCUUCCCCAAGCAGUAUGCCCUCCCCAAUGCAGAGAGCUGCGGGAGGUACCCAGAGGGCUUUGUCUGAAUCUUCUAGAUCCUCCGCCAACCUGCCCUGUGAUGAUGGGGACUCAGAGCCUACUUCAGAGGGGGAUAGUGACUCUUUGUCUGCUGAUGAAGGCAGUGACUUUGAAGAGAGCUUGAAACGUAGUGUGAAGAAGAGAACAGCAAAACGACCACUCAAAACAACCCCAGUGGCAAAACAUCCAAAGAAGGGGUCCCGAAUGGUACGUGGUAGUGACUGGAAAGAGUCAGAGCCAUCAGCCAACAAUCUCUUUGAUGCUGUGAAAGCUGCCAAAAGUGAUAUGCAGUCUUUGGUAGAUGAGUGGCUGGAUAACUACAAGCAAGAUCAGGAUGCAGGAUUUCUGGAGCUAAUUAACUUUUUCAUCCAAUCUUGUGGCUGUAAAGGCACUGUGACCCCCGAGAUGUUCACGAAGAUGUCCAACUCAGAGAUCAUCCAGCACCUAACAGAACAAUUUAAUGAGGACUCAGGGGAGUACCCCUUAACAGCUCCAGGUCCAUCCUGGAAGAAGUUCCAGGGCAGCUUCUGUGAGUUUGUGAGGACGUUGGUCCAUCAGUGCCAGUACAGCCUCCUUUAUGAUGGCUUCCCAAUGGACAACCUCAUCUCCCUUCUUACUGGCCUCUCCGAUUCUCAAGUUCGUGCCUUCCGUCACACUAGCACCCUAGCUGCCAUGAAACUGAUGACUUCCCUGGUAAGAGUUGCCCUGCAACUGAGUCUACACAAAGAUAACAAUCAGCGUCAGUAUGAGGCUGAACGAAACAAGGGGCCAGGGCAGAGAGCACCUGAGCGGCUGGAGAGCCUAUUGGAGAAACGAAAAGAACUCCAAGAGCAUCAAGAGGAAAUUGAAGGAAUGAUGAAUGCCCUCUUCAGAGGUGUUUUUGUACAUCGGUAUAGGGAUGUUCUUCCUGAGAUCCGUGCCAUCUGCAUGGAGGAAAUUGGGUGUUGGAUGCAAAGCUACAGUACCUCUUUCCUCACUGACAGCUAUUUAAAAUACAUUGGCUGGACUCUGCAUGAUAAGCACCGAGAUGUCCGGCUGAAGUGCCUUCGGGCUCUGAAAGGGCUGUACGGCAAUCAAGACCUAACUGCGCGGCUGGAGCUCUUCACCAGCCGCUUCAAGGACCGGAUGGUUUCCAUGGUCAUGGACAGAGAGUACGAUGUAGCAGUGGAGGCCGUCAGGUUGCUAAUACUUAUCCUUAAAAACAUGGAAGGGGUGUUGACAGACACAGAUUGUGAAAACAUCUAUCCUGUUGUAUAUGCCUCUAAUAGAGCCCUAGCCUCUGCUGCAGGAGAAUUUCUAUACUGGAAGCUUUUUUACCCUGAGUGUGAGACAAGAAAUGUGAGUGGAAGGGAGCGACGCCGAAGUCCACACGUCCAAAGGACUUUUUUCCACCUUCUGCUGUCCUUCUUUGUGGAGAAUGAGCUCCAUGAACAUGUGGCUUACUUAGUAGACAGCCUGUGGGACUGUGCAGGGGCUCAGCUGAAGGACUGGGAGAGUCUGACAAGCCUGCUGCUGGAGAAGGACCAGAAUCUGGGCGAUGUGCAGGAGAGUACGCUGAUAGAAAUACUUGUGUCCAGUGCCCGCCAAGCUUCAGAGGGUCACCCGCCUGUGGGGCGGGUCACUGGGAGGAAGGGUUUAACCCUUAAAGAACGCAAGACUCAAGCUGAUGACAAAGUGAAGCUGACUGAGCACCUCAUCCCCCUGCUACCCCAGCUCUUGGCCAAGUACUCAGCUGAUGCAGAGAAGGUUUCACCCUUGCUCCAGCUUCUCAGCUACUUUGACCUCAACAUCUACUGCACUAGGCGUUUGGAGAAGCAUCUAGAGCUGUUGUUGCAGCAACUCCAGGAGGUGGUGGUGAAACAUGCAGAGCCAGCUGUGCUUGAGGCUGGAGCCCACUCCCUCUACCUGCUCUGUAAUCCUGAGUUCACUUUCUUCAGCCGGGUAGACUUUGCCCGCAGCCAACUGGUGGAUCUGCUGACUGACCGCUUCCAGCAGGAACUUGAGGAGCUAUUGCAGUCAUCCUUCCUAGAUGAGGAUGAGGUAUAUAAUCUGGCAGCCACCCUGAAGCGCCUCUCUGCCUUCUAUAAUGCUCACGACCUAACUCGCUGGGAGCUUUAUGAGCCAUGCUACCGACUUCUCCGGAAGGCCGUGGACACUGGAGAGGUUCCUCACCAGGCAGGUCAAUGGGCAGGAUAUACAGGGGCAGGAGAGGAGUUUUUGAAGGCCUGUGUUCUAGGUAGCCACCUCUCCCAUCUGGGUCCAGUCCCAAGGUGUGGCAUGGACACACAGGAAGAUCAGGUGGGGAGUCACUCCUUUCAUUCCUCUCUUGGAAGAUGGACUAAAAUUGUAGUUCCUCAAAGCCAUUGUCUCAGGUUUCCCAGAAGUUUAGAAUUGGGUCUCUCCCCAGAUUUGAUUGUCUUUCUUCUUCACUGCUCUAUUUGUAUGUGUGUGUGGUUGCAUAUGUGCAUACAUAUUUGUCUGCCUCUCUUCCUCUCUUUGCCUCCUCUCUCUCUCUUUCACUCUCUUUAUGUCUCCCCUCUCCCUUUCACUCUCCUGACUCAAACUUCAUUUUCAAAUGUUUUAUUGUUACAGGUGACCUUGCCAGCCUUGACUCUUGUCUACUUUUCCAUCCUCUGGACACUGACCCACAUUUCUGGAUUGGGUGCUUCCCAGAAACAGCUGCUGAGUUUGAAGGGCAGAAUGGUAGCCUUCUGUGAGCUCUGCCAGAGCUGUCUCUCGGAUGUAGACCCUGAGAUCCAGGAGCAGGCUUUUGUCUUAUUAAGUGAUCUACUUCUCAUCUUCAGCCCUCAGAUGAUUAUAGGGGGUCGUGAUUUCCUUAGACCUCUUGUCUUUUUUCCUGAAGCUACUCUGCAAUCUGAGCUAGCCAGCUUCCUCAUGGACCAUGUCUUCAUCCAGGCUGGAGAACUGGGCAGUGGUCAUUCCCAGGAGGAUCAUUUACAGAUAGAGCAACUGCACCAGCGGCGCCGCCUCUUGGCUGGAUUCUGUAAGCUGUUGCUUUAUGGGGUACUGGAGAUGGACGCAGCCUCAGAUGUUUUCAAACACUACAACAAGUUCUACAAUGACUAUGGUGAUAUUAUCAAGGAAACAUUAACUAGAGCAAGACAGAUUGACAGAAGUCACUGUUCCCGAAUUCUGCUGUUGAGCCUGAAGCAGUUGUACACAGAACUGCUGCAGGAACAGGGGCCCCAGGGCCUGAAUGAACUUCCAGCCUUCAUUGAGAUGAGGGACCUGGCCCGAAGGUUUGCUUUGAGCUUUGGACCCCAGCAGCUACAGAACCGUGACCUUGUGGUCAUGCUACACAAGGAAGGCAUCAAGUUCUCCUUGUCUGAGCUUCCUCCAGCUGGCUCCUCCGAUCAGCCUCCAAAUCUUGCAUUCCUAGAGCUCCUUUCAGAGUUUUCCCCUAGACUCUUCCAUCAGGACAAGCAGCUGCUACUGUCUUACCUGGAAAAGUGCCUACAGCAUGUCUCUCAGGUACCUGGCCGUCCCUGGAGUCCAGUCACCACCUACUGCAAUUCCCUUAGCCCUGUGGAGAACACAGCAGAGGCCAGCCCUCAGAAGUACCCACGCUCCAAGAGGAGGCGCAUUGAAGGCCCCUCCAAGAGUAACAGAGAGGACAUCAUCUCAUCACAGGAAGAAAGUCUACAGCUGAAUAGCAUCCCGCCCACACCUGCCCUCACCUCCACUGCUGUGAAGAGUAGGCAGCCCCUGGGGGCUGUGGAAGAAGAUGGCUCAGAAUCAGAUUUUGCCCAAGGCAGCCAGCCCCUUGUAGGUACCCACAGGUCAAGGUUAAUGGGUCCACAGUAUUUCCACACUCCAUGCAAUUCUUCAGGUCCUGGUCUGGGCACUCGGCUGACUCGACUCAGCCUCAUGGAAGAGGACAAGGAAGAAGAGUUAGGAAUUCAGGAUGAGUCAAGUGAAGAAUGGCAAGAUAGAGACAAGCAGGCAAGUAGCCACUCUUCCGCCAGUGAGCAUGGGCUGGACCUCUUAGGUUCUACAGAGCUGAACAUCAAUGAUUUCUGACAUGACUCUGGACCCCUCCCAAUCUCCACUCCCCACCUCAAGGACAUGACCAUCUAGAAAAGGCAAAGAGAUAAGAAGCAAAAAUCAAGCUUUCCUUCUAGGCCUCAGCCCUGGCCUCUGAGGAGGAUGAGAGGUGGACACUGCCUUUGUAACCUAACCUUUCUAUCUGGUGAUAAUGGGGUAGCAAAACUAUGAGACACUGUCCUCCCUAAUAUGCCAUGGCUGUUUCUCUGCCUAUUUCCUGCUUGGUUUCUUUGGGCGGGGAGGGGGGGCGCUUUUACCUCUACAUUGGAGAGAGGCAUUGCCUUCCUGUGUUUAAUGGAAAGAGCCCAUAGUUUUCCUGUAUUUUUAAAACAUCUUUCCCAGCCUCUUUUGUGUUCUAGUGAUUAGCUCAAUAAACAUGUUGAA